UCAAACAGACCAAAGGUUCACGACAGACCAGCUGUGGCAUAGGUAAAGCUUACAUGUUUGCUUUUAGAAAACUUCUGUCGACAAGAAACACCGAACAUCGAGCGGUCGGUACAACUGCAUCCUAACUCUUCCCCGAGGAUGUCAUCCCGGAGGACCCGUCCCCGUGUCGUUACCGGGGUGUUGGCGGUGUUGUUGGCGGCGUCCUGGUCGCCCCUGCCCCGAGGGACUGCCGUACAUGUGGCGGCAACAUCGUACCGAGCUGUCGACCCAGUGGUGAAUGUUGCGCGAGGCAAACCUGUGACAGCAAACGUGACCUGCGGCAGCCCUGCGGAGGAUUUCUACCCACACAGCGACUCAGUCAAACCUCCGCCAGACAGACAGUUACAGAUCUGUGAUGCAAGCGAUCCAGUUCUGGCCCACAAUGCCUCACUGAUGACUGAUGGCAACAGCUCCACCUGGUGGCAGAGCACAUCACUGCGACAGCUGAUGUCAGCUGGGAAUGGUUUAGGCAAUCAGGCAGAGGUCUACAUAACCCUGGAUCUGGGAGCGACCUACCACCCUGAGAAUAUCACCAUCCACAUGGGCGACACCAAGAGGCCGGGACGGCUGGCCAUCAUGAGGUCAAAUGACGGAAUGAACUUUGACCCCUGGCUGUACCUGGUAACCAAUGGCAACAGGGACUGUCGCAGGUUUGGGGUUGCCAUGCAGCCAGAGCCAGAUGGCAGCCCAGAGUCGGUAGUGUGCAGAGAGUAUGCACAGCUGGGAGUGGAGCAACUGUAUAAUGAACGGAUCACAGUGUCCCUAUCCGAGGUCCCCCCCAGUUUCAGUGAUGAGGCCUUGCUGAUGUGGCAGGCUGUACGACAUCUGCAGCUGAGCUUCUAUGACAUGGACCUGGUGCUGGGGAUAUUUGAGGACCAAUUUCACCACUAUGCAGUGUCAGAGGUCUCUGUUAUGGCCGGUUGUGAGUGUAAUGGACUGGGAAUUGGUUGUGAAAUCAGCGCAGACUCCGGCCAGUAUGAGUGCAUCUGUAGUGGAAACACCCAGGGCCCAUUCUGUGAGGAGUGCCAGCCUCUGUAUAACCAGUUCCCCUACCAGCCUGGGCAGCCCUGCCAAGCAUGCAACUGCAACAACCACAGCCAGGUGUGCGUGUACAACGAGACUGUUGCCGCUGGCAACCUGAGCAUGUCUGCAAACGGCAGUUUCCACGGGGGCGGGGUCUGCCUGAGUUGCCGCGACAACACAACUGGCACCAACUGCGAGCAGUGCGACACCCUCUUUUACAGGAACCCUGAGGUCUCCCACCAGAGUUCCUCCGCCUGCCUCCCUUGUGAAUGUGACCUGGUUGGCUCAUCAAGUUCACAGUGUAACAUGGAAACAGGCCAGUGUCCGUGUAAGCCUGGUGUUGGAGGUCGCAUGUGUGACGUCUGCCUCCCAGGGUACUACAACUUCAGCUCAGGGGGGUGCACCCCCUGUCCCUGCUACCCCCUGCUGCACCACACCCCCUGCUAUGUGGACCAAGGGGGUCAGGUCACGUGCAACUGUACACAAGGACAUAAGGGGGAACAGUGUGAAAGAUGUGAAGACUUCUACUGGGGAGACCCUGUCCAUGGCACAGCCUGUGCUGAAUGUGACUGCAGUGGGAACUCCGACCAGUGCAGCAACGUCACCGGGGAGUGCAUCGGUUGCCACGGCAACACCACCGGCUUCAACUGUGACCGCUGUGCAGAUGGUUUCUUUGGAGAUGCAGUGUUUGGCAAUUGUAGUGCCUGUGCCUGUGACGAGGCGGGAUCUGUUGCCUUGGUCUGUAACCACACUACUGGGCUGUGUCCCUGCAAGCCUGGGGUGGAUUCCAGUACCAGGAGAUGUUCUCGCUGUAUGGAGAAUCACUAUGGAUUUGACACCCCAGAUGGCGAUGGUACCGACAGUCAGCCAGGCUGUUCCCCCUGUAACUGUGAUGUCCUGGGCUCAACCUCCCUGCAGUGUGGGGAGGGGGGCAACUGCUCCUGCCACCCUGGUGUGGAGGGGACCAAAUGUGACGUGUGUAUGGAAGGGACUUACGGCCUACCAGAUAUGGAAUGUCUAGCAUGUGAUUGUGACCCGGUUGGCACAUUGUCUGACUUUGACCCCUUCCUGCCAACCACCACCCAGAGUGCAGUGGGUCAGACAACAAUACUGGGACUCACAACUACCCAAGAUAUAACUACCCAGGGUGCACUUAUAGGGUCAACUCCAAUUCAAGGUAUAACAGAUGAUACAACAUUGCAGGCAGAAACUACUGCCAUUGUUACAACUGAAGCUACUACAAAUGUUACAUCAUCUGCUACAUCUCAAGGCCCAGAAACUCCUAGUGUAACAACAGUACAGGCAGAAACUACAGACACUACUACAACUGUAGAUACUACAAAUGUUACAUCAUCUGCUACAUCUCAAGGCCCAGAAACUCCUAGUGUAACAACAGGACAGACAGAAACUACAGACACUACUACAAAUAUUACAUCAUCUGCUACAUCUCAAGGCCCAGAAACUCCUAGUGUAACAACAGGACAGACAGAAACUACAGACACUACUACAAAUAUUACAUCAUCUGCUACAUCUCAAGGCCCAGAAACUCCUAGUGUAACAACAGUACUGGCAGAAACUACUGUCAUCCCUACAACUGUAGCUACUGCAAAUGAUACAUCAUCAGCAACAUCUCAAGGCCCUGAAACUCCUGGUGUAACAACAGUACAGGAAACUACAGACGCUGCUACAACUGUAGCAACUACAAACAAUACAUCUUCAGCAACAACUCAAGGCCUUGAAACUACUGAUGUAACAACAGUACAGGAAACUACAGACACUGUAGCCACUACAAAUGGAACAACUUCUGCCACAGAUACCAGCCUUGGAACAACAGAUUUUGCAGGAACUACUAAUAUUACUUCAGUUGUAGCCAUCACAAACGAUAUGACAGUACCGACAGAAACUACAAACAUCACUACAACUGUCACAACGGAUGGCCUUGAAACAGUGGGUGUCACAACAGUACAAACAGAAACAACUGACAUAGCCACAGUUGUAACCACCACCAAUGACACACUUGAU